UCUCUCCACAUUUAAACCAUCUAUCUAUCUAUCUAUCUAUACAAUUCUUUUUUUCAUUUUACCAGCUACAUGUAGAUACGGUAUCAAUCAAUAUUCACACAUAUAUCCUUUUAUAAACCCUAUAUUUUAUAUAGGGUUUCGAUGGUUGAUUGAUACUGCAAUUAAAGAAUGAAAUGAGUUCUUGAGACAUGUAGAUUGGUGAUCGGACAAUUUUGAUUAAUUUCUCGGAAAGAGAGAUUGAUCCAAGAGAGAGAGAGAGAGAGAUGGGUGCAAAUGGAGGAGGCCCCCCACCAUUUGUCAAGAAAGAAGACGAGUUUCAUGAUUCUAAUAAUUGUGAUGAUGACAACGAUGAUAAUCACCAAAUAUUAAUGCGUGAGAAUGAUCACAAGAAUGAGAACAAGGGCAUUAGCAUUGCUGAGAGAAGGGCUGCAAAAUGUGGUUUCAAUGCUUCAAAUAUCAAUGCCGCUCGCUUCAGAACCACCGGCCUGGCCACCACGCCCCUCCGUUCCCCUUAUUUCACCGUACCCCCAGGUUUGAGCCCCUCUGCAUUGCUCGAUUCUCCUAUCAUGCUGCCAAAUGCUCAGGCGCAACUAUCUCCAACUACUGGGACUUUUCAUCAAUUCCCUUCACCUAAUCAUGAAAGCUUGAAGCUCAAACUCAAACUUGCCAGCAGCUGCAGUGCCAGUGCCAGUGCCAGUGCCAGUCCCAGUGCCUGUGGGGAUGAUCAUAACACCUUUGCACCCCAGUCUUCUUCCUCCAAGCAACCCCUUUCUCAAUACUCAUCACUCCUGCCUAACAACACUUCAUUGCUUCAAAAUAAUAAGGCAUUUGAGGAAUUCGAAUAUCCAAGGGAUUUGCAAGAUACGACAUCUAAAAACGUCGACUAUUUUGAAGACACACUUACAGAAACUGAUCAAGUAGUGAUCUUAGGAAACAACAAUAAUCAAUACUUAAGCAGCAGUUUGCAGCCAAGAAAUAAUCAUCAAAUGUUCAUUAGCAGUCACAAUGAUCAUCACCACAGCAGCAAAGACAUAAGACCAACCACACAUCCUAAUCAAGAAAAACUGCAUCAUCAUCAUCAGAGGGGACCAUACUUUCCCAAAGAUCAAGUGGCUAAGUAUUCAGAAGAUGGAUUCUACUGGAGGAAAUAUGGGCAGAAACACGUCAAAGGAAGUGAAUAUCCCAGGAGUUACUACAAAUGUACUAACACAAAUUGCCAAGUCAAGAAGAAGGUGGAACGUUCGCACGAUGGCCAAAUUACAGAAAUCGUGUAUAAGGGCUCCCACAAUCACCCCAAACCUCAGCCCUUUAAGCGGUUAGUAAGUGAAAUGUCGUCGUCUGACAUGAGUCCUGAAGGUAGUAGCGCAACUUCGUGCUUUAAAACAGACGGAAAGGAUGCUGCAUUUGCCUCGGACUGGAGACCUGAUCAUAGUUUAGACGGGACAUCUUCGACUUCAUUUCUUAGUGAUUUUUCCGAUCCCCUAUCAAGAAUGAACACGAUAUUUGAGUCUGUUGAGACCCAAGAAUUCUCCUCUGCGUUUGCCAGUCAGGAUGCCGAACAUGAUCAAACUGGGGCUAGCCCAGAGAGCAUCUCUUUCAAUGAUGAAGAUGAUGAUCAAAAUGGUGAAUGUGAGCCCAAAAAAAGGAAGAGGGAUAACUUUCCAAGUGAAACCACCACAGCAAGGUCUACACGUGAACCAAGAGUUGUUGUCCAGAUAGAGAGUGACAUUGAUAUUCUUGAUGAUGGAUAUCGAUGGAGAAAAUACGGCCAAAAGGUUGUUAAAGGAAAUCCAAAUCCUAGAAGUUAUUAUAAGUGCACUACUCCAGGAUGUCCCGUCAGAAAGCACGUCGAAAGAGCUGCUAACGAUAUAAAAUCCGUAGUAACAACAUACGAAGGAAAGCACAACCACGAAGUGCCUUGUAGCAAAAACGGCAGCCUCGUGAUUUCUGAUGUUGCCAAUCUACCGCCUUCAGUCACUAACAGCACCAUUCCUACCGCAGCGCCACUGCCACAGAAACCUGAUCAUCAUCAUGUCCCGAAAGCAGGAAAACAGGUUCAAGACCUCUCCAGUUUGUACCUGGAAAGAAAACCAAUCUUGAAUUACAACGAACUAAUGAGGUCCAAUCUGCCCGGAAACUUCACCAACGACCUGAAUUUCGGAGCUUCUUCAGUUUAUCCGCUCUCCUUUCCUCCAUUCCAUUCCUUACCUAAUUACAGCUCUCUUCUGAUGAACGGCAAUCAAAUGAAGACGAAUUACCCAUCUUCUAAUCUUUAUCCGAUGUUGCCGGAUUACAUGCCACUGCCGUCACAAGUUAACCAUGUUGCUGCUGCUGCUGCUGGAUCAACCAAUGUGCCUCUGGCUGGAAACUUCCACUACAGCAACUAUGCAGCAACAUCAGCAGUUAAUCAAUCUUCUUGUCGAGGGAACGAAAUGAGAGAUUGCCAGCAGGCGAAAGUUGUGAAGCCGAAAGAGGAGCAGAGGGAUGAUGGUGAAUUAUAUGAUACUUGCCUAUCCAUACCUAACCCUGGAAAUGGAGCAAUAUAGACGUACGUACGUACAGGCACUGUUGCCAAACCUGUAACAAAAUUUCCAUUCCAUUACAAUAUUGUCUGAUUCUUGUGUUUCUUGUAGUUGUGUCCACUGUCCAGAGCAGAACUUUUAUAUAGGAUAUAUACUAAUUCUUUCGGGCA